AUGGCAAGCUUCAAGUCACUCCUACUCCUCUUGCCUUUACUCUCACUCUUCUCCACUGAAGCUAAACCUUCCUUCACCUUCACAACCUUCGGUAAAAACUCGACCUUUAACUCCAACGACAUCGCUCUGUUUGGUGAAGCAAACCUUGUCAACAACGGAUCUUCCAUUUCGAUCCAGCUGAAUGACUCAGGUCAUGGGAGAGUUAUCUACAAGAAACCCAUUAACUUCACCGAGACUAAAUCCGAGUAUCCCUCCGGAUUCUCAACUUUCAUUACCUUCUCUGUUUCUCCUAGUAGUAGUGGGAGACUUGGGUUCGUUGUGUUUCCUGUUAACGGAACGUUUGAUAAGUCUCUACUCGAAGUAAAGUUCGAUACUUUAGAUACUUUCACCAAGCUUGGAGACUCGAAUGUUACUGUGAGUGUAGUUGGAACUAAUGUUCCAGAGGAGACUCGAAACUUCACUAUCGCUAACUUGGAGGAAGAGAGUAUGUUGUAUGCUUGGAUUAAUUACAUUUCAGGUGGGAAGUUUUUAGAAGUCCGGUUAAGCAAAACAGAAAGCUUCGAACACGUUGAUCCUGUUAUGUUCACUUGGAUUGACUUGUCGGGAAUGUUGAAAGGUGACAAUGAGUUCAUGGUUGGUGUGAAGUCUUAUGGUGGUAACGUUGAUCUUCUUUCUUGGAGCUUAGAAGCCAGGAGUGUUUCCAAGGGUGAGCAUUCUUAUGGGGCGGUUAUGGUGGAGAAGCUUAUAGAGGAAGAGAAGGAGGAGGCAGAGAAGAGGAGGAGAAGAGCGAGGGUGUGGGAGAUUGUGACUUGCUUUGUGAUGACUUUUGGGUCUACAGGGCUUGUGUUCUUUGCUAUGAUGCAUAUAUGGGCAGCUUUCAAGAGGAACAGUAUUGUGAUGGCUAUGCAGGAGGAGUGUGGGAUUAAGACUAAGGAGUUUGAGUAUGAGAAGAUGGAGAAAAUGGAAGCUGUGAUGAGUAAAACUGAUAGCAAGUGA